CUGUACCGGAAGAGUGUGUGUGGUGUUGUCAGUACUCGCACAUGUGCAGGAGCCCUGUGUGAGUAUGGAGGCGGUUUACUCCUGUUUCAGAGAGAAGCUAGGGCAGGUGAUCUUACCUGGGGACGUGUUCUGCUUCGACGUGUCCGCGGUGGAGGGCAGCGCUGUGCGGGCGGAGCGGGUGAUCUGCGGUCCGGGGCUGCGGAGGAACGGGGACGAAAUCCUGGUGUACAAAAGUGGGAUUCUCCGCCAUAAAGCCCCCAACUUGUACUGGAUAGACUCCCAGCAGAAGAGGUAUGUUCCAGUUAAGGGCGAGAGUGUGAUUGGAAUAGUGACUGCAAAGUCUGGAGACAUCUUUAAAGUGGAUGUUGGAGGCAGUGAGCAGGCAUCUCUGUCCUACCUAGCGUUUGAAGGAGCCACCAAGAGGAACAGACCCAAUGUGCAGGUUGGAGAUCUGGUUUAUGCACAGUUCACUAUUGCCAACAAAGACAUGGAGCCGGAGCUUGUGUGCAUAGAUAGCUGUGGGCGGGCCAAUGGGAUGGGAGUAUUUGGAGCGGACGGGCUUCUCUUCAAGGUUUCUCUGGGAUUAGUACGCAGGCUGCUUGCCCCUCAGAGUGAGAUUGUGAAGGACCUGGAGAAGAUCUUCCCCUUCGAAAUGGUGGUGGGUCUGAACGGCAGGGUCUGGGUGAAGGCUAAGACUGUUCAGCAAACCCUGAUCGUGGCCAACCUGCUGGAGAGUUGCGAGAACAUGACCACACAGCAGAGGCAGGUGCUGUUCAGGAGAGUGGCUGAGGGCUCCCUCUAGUGGACCUGAGGAUCCGAGGCCCGUGUGCUUGGUUUCAGGGUUGAUGUUCUCAGGGUUGGUUCAUGAGGACGGUUCACAGUGCAGCUGGUUAGGAUACAAAAGUGUUUCUGAGAGACUGUAGUCUGAUCUUAUAUCAUCAGGUAUAAACUCUGAUGAGAAUGUAACGUUCCAGAGGGACUGAGGAUAGACCGUGUUCCUGUAAUGUUCGGCUGGAGCAGCAGUCUGUGUUUUAUUAUAACUCUGUGAGCAGAGUUUUUCUAUUGAGUUGCUGAGGUGGUAUUUUUAUAUAAAUAAACACAUUGUGUGAAAAGAG